AUGCACAUAAACGAGCUGUUAGAGCGCGUUCGUACUUUACGAUCAGAUCGAGAGGCUUCAUCAAAGCACGGCAUCGCGUAUUUGGUGACAAAGCAUGGCCUCGUUCAUUUGUAUGAUAUGGAAUCGGGUUCUCGUAUUUAUUCGAAUCGUAUUUCUACGGAUACCGUUUUCGUGACAUGCGAAUACCAAGCUACUGGUGGAAUUAUGGGCAUCAAUCGCAAAGGCAGGUCAGUGCUCUCGGUGUCGAUCGAUGAGAACAACAUGAUUCCUUUCGUCACACAGCAGCUGCAAAAUCCAGAUCUAGCCCUUCGACUUGCUGUCCGUUGUGAUUUACCAGGUGCGGAGGAGCUGUUUGUGCGCAAAUUCAACUUGCUUUUCGGUAACGGGCAGUUUGCUGAAGCUGCAAAAGUUGCGGCCACCGCUCCACAGGGUAUUCUUCGCACGCCUCAAACUAUCCAGAAAUUCCAACAAUGUCCUGCCAAUCCUGGUGGUGGUGCUUCACCAUUGCUCCAGUAUUUUGGUAUUCUGCUGGAUCAGGGCAAACUUAACAAAUAUGAGACACUCGAGCUGUGCCGUCCGGUUCUUGCUCAAGGACGCAAAGAAUUGCUGAACAAAUGGCUCAACGAUCAAAAGUUGGAGUGCUGUGAAGAGUUAGGAGACUUAGUUCGCCCUCAUGACCCUACGGUAGCGUUGUCGAUUUAUCUCCGUGGCAAUGUUCCGCAUAAGGUGGUUCAAUGCUUCGCGGAAACUGGCCAGUUCGACAAAAUUAUUCUCUACGCGAAGCGUGUGGGCUUCGAACCUGACUAUUUGUUCCAGCUCAGACAGAUUUUGCGUUCUGGAAACCAGGAAGCGGGCGCUAAAUUUGCUCAAAUGAUGGUCAUGGAGGGCGAGAAUGGAGAGCCUUUGGCGGAUUUGAAUCAGAUCAUCGAUUGCUUCAUGGAAGUGCAAGCUGUGCAGCCUUGUACUCAAUUCUUGUUGGAAGUGCUCAAAAAUGACAAGCCGGAAGAAGGUCAUCUGCAAACUCGCCUGCUCGAAAUGAAUCUCCUUGCAGCUCCGCAAGUGGCUGACGCUAUCCUAGGAAACAAGAUGUUUAGUCACUACGAUAGGCCACAGAUUGGACAGCUUUGCGAGAAAGCGGGAUUGCUUCAACGCGCCUUGGAACACUUCACAGAUCUGUACGAUAUUAAGCGCACUGUUGUGCACACAACACACUUCAAACCAGAUUGGCUGGUCAACUACUUUGGCUCAUUGUCGGUGGACGACUCUCUUGAGUGCCUGAAAGCGAUGCUCACGCAAAAUAUUCGUCAAAAUCUACAGGUUGUGGUUCAAAUUGCAUCCAAAUAUCAUGAGCAAUUGGGUACCGAGAAGCUCAUUGAUAUGUUCGAGACUCACAAGAGCUACGAAGGAUUGUUCUAUUUCCUUGGAUCGAUUGUGAACUUCAGCCAGGAUCCUGAAGUGCACUUCAAGUAUAUCCAGGCUGCAACCCGUACUGGUCAAAUAAAGGAAGUAGAGCGUAUUUGCCGCGAGUCGAACUGCUACGACGCAGAGCGUGUUAAGAACUUCCUCAAAGAGGCUAAGCUUGCCGAUCAGCUGCCCCUAAUUAUCGUCUGUGAUCGCCAUGAUAUGGUUCAUGAUCUCGUCCUGUAUUUAUAUAGGAACCAGCUUCAGAAAUACAUCGAGGUUUUCGUGCAAAAGGUCAACUCUGCUCGCCUUCCGAUUGUCGUAGGAGGUUUGCUUGAUGUUGAUUGUUCCGAAGAUGCUAUUAAGCAGCUGAUCCUCAAUACUCGUGGAAAAUUCGACAUUGACGAAUUGGUAGCAGAAGUUGAGAAGAGGAACAGGCUCAAGCUCCUUUCUCAUUGGCUGGAGUCCCGCGUGCAGGAUGGUGCUACAGACGCAGCCACUCAUAAUGCAAUGGCCAAGAUUUACAUCGAUGCUAACAACAAUCCUGAUCGAUUCCUCAGAGAGAACCCUUACUAUGAUAGCCGUGUGGUUGGAAAAUACUGUGAAAAACGUGAUCCUCAUUUUGCUUUCUUGGCAUAUGAACGUGGCCAGUGUGAUGCCGAGUUGAUUGCGGUCUGUAAUGAGAAUUCCUUGUUCAAAAAUCUGGCGCGUUACCUUGUCCGUCGCCGCGAUUAUGGACUAUGGGAGCAAGUGCUCAAUGAGGAAAAUCAGUACAGAAGACAACUUAUUGAUCAGGUCGUACAAACUGCCCUUUCUGAAACCCAAGACCCUGAAGACAUAUCAGCAACAGUGAAAGCUUUCAUGGCAGCCGAUCUGCCGAAUGAGCUCAUCGAACUGCUUGAAAAGAUUGUUCUUGACAACUCGGCCUUCUCAGAGCAUCGCAAUCUGCAGAACUUGCUUAUUCUCACUGCAAUGAGGGCCGAUCGCUCAAGAGUAAUGGAGUACAUCCAAAAACUCGACAACUAUGAUGCUCCAGAUAUCGCCAAUAUUGCAAUCUCUAGUGAGCUUUAUGAAGAGGCGUUUGCCAUCUUCAAGAAGUUCGACGUCAACAACAGCGCCAUCAAUGUGUUGAUUGACAAUGUAGCGAAUCUCGACCGUGCCUACGAGUUCGCCGAGAAGUGCAACCAAUCAGACGUGUGGGCAAGUCUUGCCAAGGCUCAGUUGAGGCAAGACAUGGUCAAAGAAGCAGUUGACUCGUUCAUUAGGGCUGAUGAUCCAGGAGCCUACAUGGAAGUUGUUAGCAAGUGUACUCAAACUGAACAUUGGGAGGAUCUCGUGCGGUUCCUUCAAAUGGCCCGCAAGAAGUCUCGCGAGUCGUACAUCGAGACUGAGUUGGUCUAUGCAUUGGCCAAAACUGGUCGUCUCACUGAGUUGGAGGAAUUUAUCUCUGGACCAAAUCAUGCGCAAAUCGGCCUGAUUGGCGAUCGAUGCUUUGACAAUGGCAUGUACGAAGCGGCGAAAAUUCUUUUCAACAACAUUUCCAACUUUGCCAAGCUCUCAGUCACCCUUGUUCGCCUGGGAGAGUACCAAGGAGCGGUCGAUGCCGCUCGAAAGGCUAACAGCACCAAGACAUGGAAGCAGGUGUGCUUUGCCUGCGUUGAGAACGGGGAAUUCCGUUUGGCUCAGAUGUGCGGUUUGCACAUUGUUGUUCACGCAGAUGAGCUGGAGGAACUCAACAACUUCUACCAAGAUCGCGGACAUUUCGAGGAACUAAUUGGUCUUCUCGAAGCAGCACUCGGUUUGGAACGAGCCCAUAUGGGUAUGUUCACGGAGCUGGCUAUCUUAUACAGUAAAUAUAAGCCGGAGAAGAUGCGAGAGCAUUUGGAAUUGUUCUGGAGUCGCGUGAACAUCCCGAAAGUGUUGCGUGCCGCUGAACAUGCUCAUUUGUGGGCCGAAUUGGUAUUCCUGUAUGAUAAGUAUGAAGAAUUUGACAACGCAGCAUUGACAAUGAUGCAACAUCCGACAGAAUCGUGGAGGGAGCAGCAUUUCAAGGAAGUUAUUGCUAAGGUAGCAAAUGUCGAGUUGUACUAUAAGGCGAUGCAAUUCUACUUGGAUUACAAGCCGUUGCUCAUCAAUGACCUUUUGGCAGUACUUUCUCCACGACUUGAUCAUUCUCGAACUGUUCAGUUCUUCUCGAAGCUGAAGCAUAUUCCACUCAUCAAGCCAUAUCUGAAGCAGGAAGAUCACGCGGGUCUGCGCGCCUCAAUUGAUUCGCAUGACAACUUUGAUAACAUUUCCUUGGCGCAACAACUGGAGAAUCACCCACUUGUCGAAUUCAGACGAAUUUCUGCCUAUCUUUUCAAAGGCAACAACCGAUGGAAACAGUCGAUCGAGUUGUGUAAGAAGGACAAAUUAUACAAGGUAACGCUCAGCAGAUUCGCUGAUUGGUCUUUAGGGGACGCGGUCAACCUCGUGUUCGCUAUAUGCGCAUUUGUGAUCAUUCAGGAUGCGAUGGAGUACGCAGCUGAGUCGAGAUCGAGCGAGUUGGCUGAGGAAUUGAUUGCGUUCUUCCUCGAGGAACGUCUCUAUGAAUGCUUUGCUGCUGCUCUCUACCACUGUUAUGACCUUCUUCAUCCUCAUGUGAUCCUUGAGUUGGCAUGGAAGAACAAGAUCACCGACUAUGCUAUGCCUUACAUGGUCCAGGUCUUCCGCGACUUCCAGAUCCGUUUGGAACGCCUAGAACGUGCUGAAGCUGAACGAAAGGAUGAGCAGCGAGAACAGCAACAACAAAACGGCAUGACAAUGGAACCGCAAUUAAUGCUGACCUAUGGCGGUGCGCCGAUGCCUCCGAUGGCUUUCGCUCCUCCACAAAACCCCUACGUGCAGCCACAAUACGUCCCACAGCCACCGCAUCCAGGUGUUCCUGGUCCUUUCAUGUAG